AUGCCGAAAUUACUCUACCCCACAUCCAUCAAGCUCGACGUCCAGAGCCUCGAGGGCUUCUCCGUCGAGCUAAAGCCGUACGACGCGAAGAAACCGAUCGCAGACGAAGACACCGACGCCGAGUUCCUAGUGACCUGGGCCAACAGCGCCGACAACCUGAAAGAUGCGGCGCAACGCUUGACCAAGGUACGAUGGAUCCAGUCGCUCGCGGCGGGGCCCAACGACGUGCUCUCUGCUGGGUUCGACCCCAAGGUGAAAGUCACGACCGGGUCCGGCCUGCACGACCACACCGUCGCGGAACACGCGCUGGGCAUGCUCCUCAACAGCGCCCGCCGUUUCUACGAGAUGCGCGACUACCAGCUGCAGGGCAAAUGGCCCGGCCACUUGGGCGGACCCCAGCCCGACCGUCCAGCAGGCGCCUUCACGACGCUCCGUGACGCCAACGUCCUCAUCUGGGGGUUCGGCAACAUCGCCAAGAAACUCGCGCCGUGGUUGACUGCUCUUGGAGCGACGGUGCGCGGCGUUGCCCGCCACGCCGGCGUGCGCAACGGCGUCGAGGUCUACGGCGAGGAUAAGCUCCCGGAGCUCCUGGCGGAGACGGACGCUUUGGUCAUGAUUCUGCCUGGCUCGGAUAGUACGCGCCAUGCCCUUUCUGCAGAGAGACUCAAGCAGCUGCCAAAGCAUGCGUGGAUCGUCAAUGUGGGCCGCGGCACCUCGGUGGAUGAGGAUGCCCUGACUGCGGCACUGGAGAAGGGCGAGAUCGGAGGUGCAUCGCUCGAUGUGUUCGAGAAGGAGCCGUUGCCGGAGGAUAGUUCGUUGUGGAAAGCACCGAAUCUGGUGGUUUCGCCUCAUGCUGCUGGUGGUCGGCCGCAGGGUGCCGAAGUCCUGAUUGCGGAUAAUCUGAGGAGGAUCUUGGCUGGGCAAGAAUUGAAGAAUGUGAUCUAA